UUCUCUGCACGUUGUUUAUAUCAUUGUCAGAGCCCGUAGUUUGAAAGGGGGCUGAGUGACUACUGGACUUUGUAUGAAAACACCAACCUGGGACAGACCUUUGGUCAAGGCUGUGAGGGGGGUGAGGGUAUAUAAACUGGCCUUGACUUUAUUUUGGAUUAUGACUGGCUUUGAGGCCAAGUCAAGGGAAGAAGAGAGGCUGGAGCUGGUUUAAAAACUGGAAUCAGUGGCCCUGCCAAAACCAUAGCAAGGCUAAGGUCCACACUAAGACAGUGGCUGAAGCAGAACCAAAAACAGGACCAGUGACCCAGACCAAGACGGGAUGGAGCAGUGGCCAGGACACAAACGGUGACCUACAAUGAGGUUAUAGUUAUGGCAAGGGAAGUGAGCAAGAUGGAAACCAAGACUAAGGCUAGAGUCAUGGCUGAAACUAAGGCAAAACCCCUGGCAGAAUCUGGUAUACUGCCGCAAAACAACUCAAAGGCCAUGCCUACGUCUAAGGCCAGUGUUGUGACCAAGUAUGAAGUCAAGGCUGAUGCCAGAAGGGAAGCCAAUAUCAGGUCCUUUUCUAAAGAUGACGAUAAGGCCAAUAUUGAAUCCAGGCCCGAGAGGAGGAUAGAAGCCAGCAUCAAGUUCAGAGCUGGGGACAGAGCUGGUAUUAUAAUAGAGUCCAAUGAUGAGGAUGAAGACAGUAUCUGCUCCUGGUUCUGGACUGGAGAAGAGCCUAGUUUAGGAUCCUGGUUCUGGCCUGAAGAGGAGACCCCUUAUCAAGUUUAUAAGCCUCCACCUAAGAUCCAGGAAAAGUCCAAGCCCACACCCAAACCAGAACUUACUAUAAAGCAAAAAGUGGCAGCAUGGUCCAGGGCCAGGUAUAGUGUCCUAGUCCCAAUAGAAGGAAAGGAGCGAUCCUUACCUCCAGAAGGGAAUUGGACUCUGGUUGAGACCUUGAUUGAAACUCCUCUGGGGAUUCGGCCUCUGACCAAGAUUCCACCUUAUAAUGGGCCUUACUUCCAGACCUUAGCCGAGAUCAAAGAACAGGUUAGGUAUAGGGAAAAGUAUGGUCCCAAUCCAAAAGCCUGUCGCUGCAAAUCACGUGUCUUCAGUUUAGAGCCUAAAGAGUUUGAUAAACUUGUUGCCCUACUUAAGUUAACUAAGGAUCCUUUCAUUCAUGAAAUAGCAAAGAUGAUAAUGGGCAUCAGUCCUGCUUACCCAUUUACCCAAGAUAUAGUUCAUGAUGUAGGUAUUACUGUUAUGAUUGAAAACUUGGUAAGUAAUCCCAAUAUUAAAGACCACCCUAGAGCUAAGGUAGAUGACAACUCUGAGUCUUCUGAAGAGCUAAAAACAGAAGAGUCAUACAUAAAUCAAGUUUGUAAAGACAUAAUUUCUUACCCUUUGAACUCCCAUGUGCAACUUGCUGGACUAAAAUUAUUGGAGCAUUUGAGUGUGAAAUUUGAGAAUCACCAUAUGAUUGCCAGUUAUAUUCCAGAUUUCCUCACCUUGUUAAACAAAGGAAGUGUCAAAACCAAGUUUUAUGUUUUAAAAGUGUUUUUGCGCUUGUCUAAAAAUCAAGCUAAUACAAGAGAACUGAUAAGUGCCAAAGUACUGUCAUCAUUAGUUGCACCCUUUAACAAAAAUGAGUCAAAGGCCAAUAUUCUUAAUAUCAUUGAAAUUUUUGAGAAUAUAAAUUUCCAAUUCAAAAAGAAGGUGAAGCUAUUUACCAAGGAAGAGUUCACUAAAUCUGAACUUAUUUCCAUAUUCCAGGAAGCAAAAGAGUUUGGUCAGAAACUCCAAGACUUAGCAGAGCACAAUGAUCCUGAGGUGAGAGAUAAAGUUAUACGAUUAAUACUCAAACUCUGAACAGCCAAAUAUUCUCAAAGCCUUGAACAAGUUUUUGGUGUCAUAGUAUGAAACUGAUGUAUAUUAUAAGUUCAAUAUUUAUGUUAUCUGUGUUGACUGAAGGAGGCAAUUUUAUGGAUACCAAAUGGUCUUGAGAGUUUGAAUAUUUAUUAAUUUUUGUUGUGCUAUAUAAAUUGAGAUAUUUUCAAUACUUUUGUAACAUGACCUGAUAAUGAAACUGUUCAUCCUGAGUAAGUUAUACUUCUGUGCUUUUUAUAUUGACAUAAGUGUAUUCACUUGAGACUUCUUUUUCAUAAUAAAGUUGCAUGCUGAAACUGGUGAAAA